AUGCUUGCGGUGGCUCUUAAGCAGUCAUUUAGACAGUCAGCUAUGCUGGCUGGUUCUUUGAAUGGAAGUGUUGCUAAGUCUACUUUUACUCGCCUCUUUUCCGAGUAUAAGAAGGUCCGUGCGGCUAUCGAUGGAAACGAAGCUGCGGCGUCUUCUGCUUACAAUGUGAGCGAUGCUGCAAUUUUGUAUCCCAUUUCUCCCUCUUCCCCUAUGGGAGAGCAUGCCGACGCAUGGGCGGUGAAGGGAAGAAAGAACAUUUUUGGAAACGUUCUGAAAGUGACCGAAAUGCAGUCUGAAGGAGGUGCCGCCGGAGCCUUGCAUGGCGCUCUUGUGGGAGGUCUUCUGGGAACAACGUUCACCUCUUCUCAGGGCAUGAUGCUGAUGAUUCCCAACAUGUAUCGUAUUGCUGGAGGACUGCUGCCCGCCGUCAUUCACGUGGCUUCUCGUGUGGUUUCUAAGCAGGCUCUGUCGCUGCUGUGCGAGCACUCUGAUGUGAUGGCUACGAGACAAACUGGAUUUGCGAUUCUUUCCUCGCACUGUGUCCAGGAGGCACACGAUCUCGCGCUGGUGGCCCACCUGUCUGCUAUCACCACGAGCCUUCCUUUCCUGCAUUUCUUCGAUGGCUGGAGAGUUUCUCACGAGGUGAACUCUAUUGAUACGAUUCCGUGCGACGAGGUGGCCAAGAUUUAUCCCUACGAAGAUGCGAACAUUUUCCGCAAGCGAGCCUUGAAUCCGAAUCACCCGUAUCAGCGCGGAAUUGCUCAGUCUCAGGAUAUCUACAUGCAGAACUGCAUCGUGGCUCAGCCGUUCUAUGACGCUGCUCCCGAGAAGAUUCAGGCGGCGAUGGACAAGGUGGCGAGCAUCACGGGUCGUCAGUACCAUCUGUUCGACUAUGCUGGAGCUCCCGACGCGGACCGUGUGAUCGUGGUGAUGGGUGCUGGAACCACGGUGGAGGAAACGGUGAACUACUUGAACAAGCAUGGAGAGAAGGUGGGUGUGGUGAAGGUGCACCUGUUCCGUCCCUUCUCGCAGAAGCACUUGGACGCGGCGAUCCCCAAGACGGUGAAGAGUGUGUGCGUGCUGGAUCGUUGCCGAGAGGACGGAGCUCCCGGAGAGCCUCUGUACCUGGAUGUGGUGGCUUCGAUGAACCAGCUGAAGCGUCCGGUGACGAUCGUGGGAGGCCAGAUGGGUCUGGGAGGCAAGGACUUCACUCCCGCGAUGGUGAAGGCGGUGUUCGACAACCUGAAGAAGCCCGAGCCCAAGAACCGCUUCACGGUGGGUGUGAACGACGAUCUGUGCCACUCGUCUCUGGAGUACGGCGAGCCGCUGCCGACGCUGCCCGAUGAUGUGAAGCAGUGCAUCUUCUGGGGUUACGGAUCGGACGGAACGGUGGGUUCGUCGCACGAUGCGGUGAAGCUGAUUGUGAAGAACACCGACUUCAACGCGCAGGCGUACUCCGUGUACGAUGCGCACAAGUCGGGCGGUCUGACGGUGUCCCACGUGCGUGUGGGCAAGGAGCCGAUCCAGUCGGAGUACCUGGUGCAGCAGGCGGACUACGUCGCUUGCCACAACAGCACCUACGUGCGCAAGUUCCACAUGGUGAACCAGCUGAAGGAGGGCGGAAUCUUCGUUCUGAACUCGCCCUGGAACACGCUGGAGGAGCUGGAGAAGAACCUGCCCAACCAUCUGAAGCGCGAUCUGGCCAACAAGAAGGCCCAGUUCUACAACAUCGAUGCUACUGGCGUGGCGCAGAGCGUGGGUCUGAAGCAGCGCAUCAACAUGAUCAUGCAGAGCGUGUUCUUCAACCUCUGCCCGAUCCUGCCUGAGGGUCGCGCUCCCAAGCUGCUGGAGAAGGACAUCGCUGUGCGCUUCGGCUCGAAGGGCCAGCAGGUCGUGGACAUGAACCUGAACGCCGUGAAGCAGUCGCUGAGCAACCUGCACAAGAUCGAGGUGCCCGCCGCGUGGGCGAACCUGCCUGACGACGCUCCGAAGGUGUGGCCCGCGGGCACUCCGGAGUUCCUGCAGACGCUGUACCCCGCGCUGUACAUGGAGGCGGACAAGGUGCCGGUGUCCAAGUUCGUGUCCGGAGGCGUGCAGCCCGCCGGAACCUCCAAGUACGAGAAGCGCGGCAUCGCCACGCAGGUGCCCGUGUGGGACCCCUCGAAGUGCACGCAGUGCAACCAGUGCGCGACGCUGUGCACGCACGUGUGCAUCCGUCCGUUCCUGAUGGACGCGGAGGAGUCGAAGCGCGCUCCCGAGACCUUCAAGAUGAUCCCCGCCGUGGGCGACGAGCUGAAGGGUCUGAACUACCGCAUCCAGGUGUCGCCAAUGGACUGCACGUCGUGCGAGGUGUGCUCGGUGAACUGCCCGACGAACGCGCUGACGAUGACCAACUUCCGCGAUGUGCAGGAGGUGGAGAGCAAGAACUGGGACUUCGCGAUGACGGUGAAGAACAAGGGCGACCUGGUGGACAAGACCACGGUGAAGGGCUGCGCCUUCCAGCUGCCCAUGCUGGAGUUCCCCGGAGCCUGCGCGGGCUGCGGAGAGACGCAGUCGGUGCGCAUUCUGACGCAGCUGUUCGGCAAGCGCCUGAUGGUGGCGAACGCGAUGGGCUGCUCGCGUGUGUGGGGAGGCACCUUCUGCUCGAACCCGUACACGGUGAACGAGCGCGGCCAGGGUCCCGCCUGGGGCUCCUCGCUGUUCGAGGAUAACGCCGAGUUCGGCUUCGGUAUGAUGACCUCCACGCUGAUCAAGCGACGCAACCUGGCGACGCGCGUGCAGCGCAUCCUGAAGGACGACUCCAUCCCCAAGAGCAAGGAGCUCUGCGCCAACCUGCAGACCUGGCUGGAGAACCCGCGCGAUGCGGACAAGUGCGAGGUGUGCUACGACAACUGCGUGGCGCUGCUGGCCAACGAGAAGAAGAACCACAAGGAGCUGGAGCUGCUGGAGGAGGUGAUCGACGUGAUGCCCAAGCUGACGCAGUGGGUGGUCGGAGGCGACGGCUGGGCCUACGAUAUCGGCUACGGAGGCGUGGACCACGUGCUCGCCCAGGGCGACGAUAUCAACGUGCUGGUCCUGGACACGGAGAUGUACGCCAACACGGGAGGCCAGCAGUCGAAGGCCACGCAGAUGUCCGCGGUGGCGAAGUUCGCUGCGGGCGGCAAGCCGCUGAUGAAGAAGGAUCUGGGCCGCAUGGCGAUGCAGUACAAGAACGUGUACGUGGCGUCGAUCGCGGUGGCCGCGGACCCGCGCCAGGCCAUCAAGGCGAUCGUGGAGGCCGAGAGCUACGACGGACCUUCGCUGGUGAUCAACUACUCGCCGUGCAUGCAGCACGGAAUGCCCGCCUCGACGGGAAUGUCCUGCAUGGCGCAGGAGGCCGAGAAGGCGGUGUCUUCGGGCUACUGGCCGCUGUACCGCUACGAUCCGCGCCGCGCGGAGAAGGGCGAGAACCCGUUCCAGCUGGAUUUCAAGAAGAUUAAGACGGACGUGGGCGACUUCCUGAAGGGAGAAAACCGAUUCACGACGCUGGACAAGAGCCUGCCGGAUGUGGCGACGUCGCUGCACGCCACGCUGAAGCAGCAGCUGAUCGAGAGACACGAGGAUAGAGUGCGCAUGGCCAUGUCGGAUAAACAAUUGUAUAAAUAUCUCCAGAAGAAGUUCGAGAAGAAGUAAGCUUGCUUAUUUUGUGUGUCCGUUUAUCGUAAUUAAU